UGUCAGCUGAUUAGUUGCCUCAUGUUUUGAUUCUGUUUGUGUUUUGGUUAAUUGUUGUGACUCUCGAAUUGUGAACAAAUUGGUAAUUUAAUUGUAAUCUAGUUGAUUUGAUGAGGACUAUUUUUCGUUGUUUAUCUAAUCGUAGUUUAGGUUUAAUUGUUAAUUCUAGAAUUAUGUCUUCUCUUGUUAAUUGUGAUUCAACUUGUUCCUCUCAAGGAACAGCUCUGCUUUCAAUGGAACCUGAUUGUGAUAAAAUGUCAUUAAGAUUCACUUAUUGUCACAAUUUAAAUGAGAAAAUUUUUUCACUUAAUCGUGAUAAAAAUGAAUCAUUAGCUGUCGCUUUUUCUAGAUUACGUCUUAAUCUAGAAAGAUUUGUUAAUCCGAUUACCAAGAAAACUAAAUGGACCAAACAGAAAAAUGGAUCAAAUCAACUGAUUGAUGAAAGUAAACAAGACAAUCAGAAAAAGUUAUUGGAGAUUAAAUUAAUUGUCGAUGGUCAAACAAUUGAUCUGAAUACACCUCAUUCUCAAGCAUGGAAAGACAAUUCAAUUCUAAUUAUCGGUGAUUCCAACUAUAAGGUUUUACUUAAUAGUCCAAUGGUUGAAUCGGUAAAAUUGUCAAAUUGCCUUCUAACUGGUUAUAUCGUUUAUCCAGUGAUUUACUUUGUAAACGCAACAAUUAACGAUUGUGAUUACUCUUGGUAUAGAUUUAAAUCAAAGUCUAAUUGUGAUUCCAAAAAGCGACAAGCAGCAACAAUUGAGGAUAAUGAUGAAAUCGCCAAGGAAUUAAUUUCAACUGGUUUCAUUUACCAUGUGAAAAACGAGGACAUUGGUCAUCAUUUAAUGGUCAAGAUAACACCUAAGGACACCCGAUUAGCAGGUUUAGAGGGGUCAUGUGUAUCAGAUGAUGUCGUUAAUUGUGGUCCAGUUGAUUGUCCGUUUAUGGAGAGACAAAAAUUAACCUCAACCCGAACAGAUUCUGAAUCAAUCAGGAUAAUCACAUACAAUUUACUCGCUGAUUAUUAUACUCGCAUGAAAACAACACCAACAGAAAUUUUCCCUUAUUGUCCAAUUGAAUAUUUGAACUUUAAUUAUCGAAAACCAUUACUAAUCAAAGAGUUAAUUGGUUAUAAUGGUGAUAUCAUUUGUCUCCAGGAAGUUGAUAGAAAAUUUUUUGAUUAUGAGUUAAUUGAAAUAUUCAGUAAAUUCAAUUCAAUGGAAGGAUUUUUCACUCGAAAAUCAGGCCGAGAAAUUAAAGUUCCCGAAGGUGUCGCCAUUUUUUAUUCUCGAGAUAAAUUUAAACUUUUGGACCAUUGUGAUCACGAUUUAACCGAAUUAUGUUUAACCGAUGACAAUUUAACCAAAUUUUCUCAGGCCGUUAAAUGUAAUCAAAAAUUACACGAACGAUUGAUUGAUAGAAAUACAAUCGUUCAAUACGUUUUAUUGGAAACAAUUAACUCUCCUGGAAAAGGAUUACUAGUGAUUAACACUCAUCUCUAUUCUAAUCCUGAUUCUGAUCAUAUUAGACUUCUCCAAGGAUCAAUUAUAAUUGUUCAUGUGGAGAAACUAUUACAAGAUUAUUCGGUCAAAUUUCCUCAUCUGAAAAUUUCACCAAUUUUCACCGGUGAUUUUAAUAGUGAUCCUGCUAAUGGUGUUUAUAAAUUGUUCACUAAUGGUUACAUUGGUUCUGAUUAUGUUGAUUGGAAAAGUGUUCCUGAUGAAGCAAUUGAAGGAGUUGAAGUUAAACAUUCAUUACAAUUAACCAGUGCCUAUGGGACACCAGAAUUUACUAAUUACACUCAAAAUUAUGUUGGAUGUUUAGAUUAUAUUUUCUUUGACAAUCAGUUAAUUCAAUUAGAAUCAAUUGUACCUUUACCAUCUCGUGAUCAAGUAUCUAAGCAAAUAGCAAUUCCAAGCUCUGUUUUCCCAUCUGAUCAUCUUGCUUUAAUUGCUGUUAUUAAGUGGAAAUGAGAACAAUCAAUUAUGUAUUGGAACUGAUUUAGAAAAUUUAAAUUAAUUGUUGUAACCCUUUCAUAUUAUAUGGGCAUUGUUGAUAAUUUUUGCAUUAAUUACUAAUUCAUUUCAAAUAUUGUUCAUUUCUUGGUCCAUUAAACAUUAAAAUCAUUAAAUUGUGAUGGAAAAAGUUUUCUCAAUGAAA